AACAAGAGAGGAAGUCACACUUUUAACAGACACGCUCCGUACAUUACACUGCUUCAGUUUAAGACAAUAGAACCAGUUUCCCCCCUUUCAUGUCAACAGCAUGAAGCUGAUGAAAUGUAUCCUGAUCGUCCAGCUGAGCUGCCUUUGUCGAGCCUCACAACCCUCCACUCAAGCGGACCCAGCUCAUGACCAGAGGGGAGCAGAGGAAGAGGAAUCUAACAGUGACCCUCACGUUCAUCACCUCUCUGGUCGAUGCAGCUUCACCUUCAGGAUGCCUUGGAACAGGAGCAGCGGUGAUGUGGUGGCUUUAACCGCAGACUCCACAGAUACGUUGGUUGAACAGAUCUGUCAGGAUCUUGGCUGUGGCAGCGUCUAUCAUGUGAAUAAAACCAGCUCACCUCCUAACAUCACCUGCUUUAACGGCUGUUUGUACCGAGACGGUCGGUUGCAGAACUGCUCACAGACGGUGGGAGGAAACUGCGCUGUGAUUUCAGAGACUGUUUGUGGGCACCAGGCUGCCCGGCUGGCAGGAGGCUCAGACCGCUGUGCUGGACGGGUGGAGUUGUGGAGAAACGGGAGGUGGGGCACCGUGUGUGACGACCAGUGGGACCUGCCGGAUGCUGACGUGGUUUGCGCCCAGCUGGGCUGCGGCUACGCAAUCAGUGUGACGGGACAGGGCGGCUCCUUCCCCCCAGGAAGAGGACCCAUCCACCUGGACGAGCUGAACUGUACGGGCAAAGAGGAACACCUGUGGGCCUGUCCGGCUGCACAGGAUGAGUCCGACUGUGGACACAAAGAGGAUGCUGGAGUCGUGUGCUCAGAGAUGAGAGCGAUCAGACUCACAGGAGGUCUGGACCGCUGCUCGGGUAAAGUGGAGGUCCACCGAAACGGCAGCUGGGGAACAGUGUGUGAUAACUGCUGGACUAAUGAGCUGGCCUCCAAGGUUUGCUCCAUGCUGCAGUGUGGAAACCAGACGGAGAAGAUCACCCAGUUUGUCCCUCAUCUCACCCACAACAACGGGACUCUGUGGUUCUAUUUUUGUGAUCCAGGUGUGCCUGUGAACCUGUGGCAGUGCAAGGAGUACGUCAACAGCAAACACCUGUGUGCUACAUCAAAGGCGUCCGGUGUCAUCUGCAAAGGUUCCCUCGGGUUUCCCGCAAAAACAACAACCACAGCCAGCACAGCUGAUCAAACUGUAACUACUUCAACCGCAGAGCUUCCGACCCCUGGCGGACCCUCUGAAGGUUUCUCCUCACUGCCCAUCGAGCUUCUCGGCGCCAUGGCUCUGUGUCUGCUGCUCCUCGUGUUUCUGAUCACAAACACGGUGCUCUGCUGUCAUUACAGGAGAAGAAGCGUGUUAUUGCUCGAGCAGACCCACAGCAAAACACGCCUCACCUCUGAACAUCAUCACAACAGCUACCAAGACUCCAUCAACCUCGUCAAGGUCACAGCGAACGAGCCCCCGACAGACGCCCCGUUGAACCCCAGGUAUUUCUGGACCCAGCUUAGUAGUGUUGACAGCACGUCAGUAGAUACAGACUAUGAGCAGUAUGAGCCGAGCAAUGAGUCGUCUGUCCCUUUAUCAACCUUUCGCAAUUCUCAGCGGUACAAACCGGACGUGAACCCUGUGAUGAAGCCGUCGGGUCUUGAAAGCCUCUUUGAGGAAGGUCCUGUGUCGGACAAUGAAGUGAUGGGAGUCUUCACAGGCUGCAACGGCGGCUCCACAGUAGCUCAAAAUGCCAGAGUGUCAACGAUAACGGUGGACUCAUUUGAUACCUCCAGUACGUCGUCUGAGGAAACCAACGAAGGCUACGUCAGGGUCACACCCGAGCUGAGGCCGAACCAGGCAUCGAGCAUAAAGGAGACUUUAAAGCUCAUCUGUCACAACGAUCAACAUUUAUCUGAACGACAGAAACACCAGCAAAGUUCAGGUGACGAAGGAGACGACCCGCUUUACUCGCCUGUUAGCCCCGACCCAAACCCUUCCUCCUCCUCCGACGACUACGAUGAUGUCGACUGUUUGCCGUAAACAGACGAGUUACAAAAUGGAAUAUUGAAACAAUCUGCGGCUUCAAAACUGCACUAAGAGGAAACAUGAUGUAAGAUUUAACAGCUUCAGCUGAGAAAACAUAAUAAACUUUCAUUUGACUUCAAAUCUCAAAGACUUUUCCUUUGAGGAAAAUUAGAAAAAUGGGUGCUAUAGGAGAUAAAGAACAGUGUUUUAGUCACGUUUAGAUGACCACAUGUCUUGUUAAAGGUGAUGGGAAAACUUGAAGACACACCCACACCACCCCGGCCCGCAAUCCUGUCCCAUUUCCAAUCACCCUGACAGUUUUAGCUGAUUAUGAAACACCCUGAUAUUAUAAUAGAUUCUUUAAAUGAACAGAAGCAGACAAGACUGAUUUCUUCUUAUUGUCAUUUUUAAUCCCUGAAACCUCUGCUGGGGGGGGUUAAGAGUCAGCGUGAUUACCAGCACGCUGCAGAAACAACCAUAUUUUUAUUUAUUCCACAGAACAUAUUCUCGAUGAGUCGUUCAAUAAAAAGUUUGAAGAGAGCUCCUUCAAGAUUUAAGAUUGAGAAAAGUUUUCAACUUAUUGAAAAGGAAAAACAAUACAGACACAGAAAGAUACAACCCAUAAUAAAAUAAGAAAUGACAUUAAAACUCGACUGAGGUAACUUAAUAUUGGACGUCUUAAUACUUUUUUGCUCAUCAUGUUUUGAAAUGAGGCCUACUUGUUAGUAACCAAAUUAUCCAUUGGAACAGGUGUAACAAUGUAGUAAUUGAGUUCUACCACAAGGUGUCGCUGAAAGCUUGUGAGUAAAUGAACUGGCUUGAAGUCCUGACACACAAACUACUGCAAAAUAAACUUGUAAAACCAUGAACUAUAAUCAGCAGACAUGUUCUCCUGGCUGCAGGACAAUGUGGAGAAUACCUAUUUGUUCUGAUGAAGUCAAAUUAAAUGCACCUUGAACAAGUUUGAGAUGAAACUCAGGGUCCUGAUCGGAGGUCAACACAAACCAUCGGAGCGGUUUCAAACCUGACUCGGCUCUUUUUUGCUCCAUUUCACCCGCAGCAGCUGCAGAGCACCCAACGCUUCCUCCUGAGUCAAAAAUGAUGCCUCAGAUCAAAGUGGGGUCCACUUUCUUAUUUUUGUGGAGAUAAAAGAAG